AUGAGUCGAGAAGAGGGCCUCCGCUGGGCUGGACGCGCGCUCGGCUGGCUGAUGGCCACGCUGGCCAUCGGCGUCGCCAUGACCGCGCUCACCAUCAGCGCCCUUGUCCUCGCCGCCAUUGCCAGCGAGCCUGUGCGCGCGGCGCUGGCAGACACGCUGCUGUACUGGCGUGUGCUCUGGUACUUUGCUCGCGGUGGAUCCUACGACGACUGCCCGUUCCUGCUCAACAACGAUGACCACGGCUCAAUUUCCACCACCACCAACAACAACAACAACAACGACAACAACAACAACAACACCAACAACAACACCAACAACAGCAGCAGCAGCAGCAGCAGCGAUGCGAGGUUGCGAAUCAAGGUGUACUUGCAUUCGCUUGCGCUCAUCUUCUACCUGUGGGACAAGCCCCAUUACCGCAGCGGCACGUUCCAGAACGACAUGAUCAAGAACCUGCGCAACGUGGCCUUCCCGGGCACAGGGGUGCCUCUCGACUGGCUGUGCCGCAGCCGCGCUGUGUUCACGCUGUUCCUCUUCCUCGGCAUGCCGCUCAUGUUCUGUGCAUAUGCGGUUGUCAUCACCCGCAAGCGCGCGUCCGUCGCCGACGUGUGUCGCACGUACCGCCAGCUGCUGCUCACCCCCGAGCCGUGGUUUGCGUACUGGCGCCUCAACUGCCGCCUGGCAAGCUACCACGCGCUGGUCACGGGCUGCGAUGACUACCGCCUCGAAGACAAGUGGUCGUUCCUCGUGGCUGCGGAGGAGAAGGACAUUCCCGUGUCGCCGUUCCUGAAGGUCGACAGCAUCGUCUGCAAGGACAGGAACGAGGAGGGUGGAAUGGGCAUCCACUUUUUCAAAAACGCCUUGCACGGCGGCAAGUGGAUAAUCCAAGAAGUACUGCACAACUCGGCGCUGCUGCAGCAGUGGCUGCCGGACAGCGCGCCCCUGUCCACCCUCCGCGUCAUCACCGCCUCCACCAAUGCCCUGGACGUGAUUGACGGCGAGAUGGAUGGCGAUGCCAGCGCGCGGAAGGAGAAGGUGCAGAGCCUGAGCUGCGUGUUCCGCGCCGGCCGCGCUGGCGCCAGCACAGACCACUCUAGCGUGCUGUUUGACACAGACGUUGAGAGCGGACAUGUGCGCCGUGGCACGACAAAUGCGCACUGGUACCAGCUGGGUGUGCACGAUGGCCUGCUGCGCUACCGGCCUGCGCCCACACACGACCGCCACCCCGACAACGGCGUCAUGCUCACUGGCAACAGCAUCCCGGACAUGGCUGCCAUUCGCAAUCUGGUGGAGACGGCGCACGCGACGCUGCUGCCUGGCGUGCCGCUGUGCGGGUGGGAUGUUGCCCUGACAAAGGAGGCGGGCCGGUGCCUGCUUGAGGUGAACCUCUCGUGCAACUUCUUCAACGGCACGUUUGAUAAGCAGGCCUAUUUCGCCCUCCUGGACACGUUCUUUGCUCGCCUCGACCGCAAGCGCCGCGCACACCAGCAGCAGCACUGA